UGAGAGAAAGUAUUGAGAAGAAGCCAGUGAUCACAUUACACUGUCCCUUUUCAGCUUUGUUUGGAUUCUAUUUUAGUAGAUUUAUAUACUGAUGAUUAUACUCGACAAUGAUAAAGCAUUGUACUGGAAUAAGUGUUUCCUUGGUUGUACUAUACGCUACAUCAGUCUGUCUAAAUCAUGUGGUGGGUAUACAAGUGACCUCCACAGGGCCACAGACAAUCAAGAAGCCACAGGGAUCAGAUAUUAUUUUGGGCUGUACCUACAGUGAGAGCCCAUCUGACACUGGGCAGCUGGAUGUUGAGUGGUCCAUUGUCAGUCCAGACAUGACUCAGAAAGACAAGUUGAUCUUGUCUUACUCAGCGGGGAAGGAGUACAAACUUGGAGACCCAGGCCUGAUGACUCGACUAAAGUUUGUGGGUAACCCCAGCCAAGGAGAUGCCACCAUCACCAUCUCUUCACUGCGUGUCUCUGAUACAGCCACGUACCAGUGCAAAGUGAAGAAACCACCUGGUAUAGACUCACGGAAGAUCACUUUAGUGAUACUCGUGAAACCUUCUGUGCCCAAAUGUUGGAGUCAAAGUGGUGAGGAGGUAGGAGGUACUGUCUCACUGUGGUGCAAAUCAUCUGAGGGUUCAGCUCCUUUAAUACACAAGUGGAUAAAAGAGAAUGGUGAAGCAUUGCCACCAACAACAUUCCAGAACCCUCAGACUGGAGAACUGCUGAUAUACAACCAUUCACAAAGCUCCACAGGCAACUAUGUGUGUAUGGUCAGCAAUGACGUAGGGAUGGAGCAGUGCAAAUACACACUGAAAGCAUAUAAUUCAACCAGUAAGGCAGGAGUAAUUGCAGGAGCUGUGAUAGGUGCAUUACUGCUUUUGCUCCUCCUCCUAUUGUUAGUCUGGCUUCUUGUAUGCUGCUGCCAGAAGCAACACUAUAUAAAGGAAACUGCCAAUGAAAUCAAGGAGGACGCUGCAGCACCAGAAAGUCAUCUUGGUAGCAGGCACUCUAGUUUCCACUCCAUCAUGGGUUACCACCCCCAUCAGGGAGUCACCUACAGCUCAGUUAGGAACAGUAAAACAAGAAGGACUGAUUCAAACUGCAGAAGCUUCAAUACCAACCAGAAUCAAGCACCUUCACAAGGCCCAUUAAGACACAGCAGCAGAUAUGGGUAUCCUGUAUGAACACAGUCACCUUGUGAAGAACAGAGCACUAUGCUGAACAGAUGAAAUGCCACUUGGAUUAAAUACUGCUACAACAUAAUGGAUUUUCAUACAGUUGCUGGGUUUUCCUGAUGUGUAUUUUCUGUGGCACUAUCCAAAAUGUCUGAGUCCUUUUGAAGCGAUGCUUGUUCUCAAGCCACUUUUUGGUUUUCUUUGCAGUGUGGGCAGAAGCAUUGUCUUGUUGAAAAAUAGCAAUUGUGCAUGUUAUAUGGUCAUCUCUACAAAUUGUGUUUUGGGGUCUUCCAGUUCCUUUCUUUCUGACACCACCACCUCUUGUUUCAAAGCAUUGAUCCAUUCUUGUAGUAACUGAUAGAGAAAUUGAGAUUUUCUUUGCCAUUAGGAUCUUGUAAAUUUCAGAAUAACUACAAUUGGCCUGACCAGGUAUGUAAUUUCUGACAGCAAGUAUGACCCUGAAUGAUAUGUUGGAUUUUUGGAGCAGAUUUUCUCACUCCUUUACCAAAAUUGCAUACUGUAGACCUCUCCCUGCUCUUCCACUCUUGGUUAUAUUUACAAGCUUGUUACGAGGGCUUUGUGGGCUGCAUCAAUUUGGGCAUAUCACAAAAAUAAAUCAUCAUGAAAGAUA